CCAAUUCAGUGUUUCCUUCGUCCAGCAGAGUCUACAUCACCCCGUUGCUCCGCCCCAUUCUCCUGCUCUAUCGCCCCAUCAUGGCUUGGCCCUAUCCAUGAGAGUAUCUACGGCUUCGAUCAACACUCUAAUCGAAUCAAAAUCGUACCGAUGGCCACCUCGAGGCUGCUCGUAGAUGACGGAGUCAUCGUCAUCUCGCCCGAAGGCAACCUAGUCCUCGAUAUUCGACAGGAAGAGAGCGAAGAACAAUAUUCGUAUCGUGUGAAAUCGGGAACCCUUCGAGCGAACUCCCGCUACUUCGACAACUUGUUGAGCGACCGGUUCAGCGAAGGACAAAGCUUGCUGGCAGCACUGGAGCAUUUGAAGAUCUCAGGGCAUGAAGACGUUGCUGGUGCGCUGGUUGGAGUUCUUCCGCGCAUACGAAUAAUCAAUGUGGGCAAGAUAGGGAUAUCUAAGGGCUCCAACAUCCAGAAUCUGACCGCCGACUUCCUCAGGGCCAUACAUGGGCAACCCCUCGCUGUGGCCGUCCCACCGGUAUCUAAUCUAGCCAACCUAGCUGUAUUGGCAGAUCGCUUCGAUGCCGUCGAGUCCCUUGCGAUAUAUGUGCAGCGGAGGAAAUAUCUGCUGGCGACGGAUGCCAAGUCAAAGAGCAAAACAGGCUCUAGUAUACCCGAGGAAAGAGUGCGCCAGAAGCUGCUUGUUGGCUUACUGUUUGACCACCCACCAUGGGUAACGAGGUACUCGAAGCAUCUAAUCAUGCGGGACUCGGCACAGUGGCAACCGGGGGUGGAAACGGACGAUUCAAAAGCAUUGUGGUGGGAUCUGCCUUACGGCAUUGAGGAUGAAUUGAUUCAGCGCAGGGAAUAUAUUCUUGAGACUAUCAACUCGAUUCAGUCGCACUUUCUCAAGCUCUACACGUCGGGGGAGCGACAGUGCAAACUCGGCUAUGACACAUCUCGCGAAUGCGAUUCGUAUCAACUGGGAGAAAUGGUGCGCUUCUUCAUCAAAACGAGCACACUUCGACUGCAAGGCACUAUAUAUGACAACACCGAACCAACGUACUACUCGGGAGAUCUCGAUCGCUUGCUGGAGUCUCUCCGCCAAUGCUCUUCGUAUCAAAUUGACCGCAACCACGCUCAUUGUGGUCUGCGGAGUCGAAUGAUCCCUCUGCUCGAUCUAGUACAGAACCAGUUGAGCCUCGAAAUCGGCAGUCUGGAUAUCGGCAUCUGCGCUGAGUGCUGGAAAAACAAUCGCGGGGUAUACGCAUGGUCUUUGGCAAAACGACCGGUCAUGGCACCUCCUAGGCUUCUUACCGUCAGCCGGCCUAACGGAAAUUCUCAUGGCGCAGGGCAUCAGAGAAGUCUCAGCAGUAGCAGCUGCCUGAACAGACAUAUCCUCGUGCGCGAGUUCUACAUGGCCACCGAGAAAAAUUGGGCGGCUAGGGACGCCUAUUGA